AUGAAAACCGUCAAGGCGCUGAAAAAUGCUGUCGUAUGUCUAAUCUUGUUGCCUCGCUUUCUCCUGGCGGCAUUAAUACUGUGGUUUCUUGAUUUUCUCUGCAUAAGAAAGAGGGUCUUAUUUCUGAUGAGGGAUCAAGACGGCAGCAUGGACGACCCGCCGCUGUGUAUUUCGGACUCUAAUCGAAUGUUCAGCUGGGAGUCGCUCAAAGCGGUCUGGCACGGUCACAAGCUAGACUUUUUUAAAACAGCGCACCUGGGACACGAAGCACCGAACACCGAAGUUGUGCAGCUCGAGGACCGGAAAAAAAGCCGGAUCUUAGAUUACGCGAGGGGCAAGAGACCACUUGUUAUAAAUUUCGGUAGCUGUACCUGACCACCGUUCAUGACGCGCCUAAAGGCGUUUCAGCGCGUUGUAAACCAAUACGCUGAUAUAGCCGACUCUAUUCUUGUAUAUAUUGAGGAGGCGCACCCGUCGGAUGGAUGGGUGAGUUCCGAUGCUCCUUACCAAAUUCCCAAGCAUCGUUGUCUAGAGGACAGGCUAAAAGCAGCUCAGCUUAUGAAUCAAGAGGUGCCGGGAUGCCUGGUGGUCGCCGAUAGCAUGGAUAACUCGUCGAACUCCGCGUACGGUGCUUAUUUCGACAGACUUUAUAUUCUGCAGGAUGGAAAGGUUGUGUAUCAGGGCGGCAGAGGACCAGAGGGGUACCGGAUCUCCGAACUGAGGAGCUGGCUUGAUCAGUAUAGACACCGUGUUGUUGUUUCAAAAAAUGUUGUCAUUCAUGUUUAA